AUGAUGGGCGUGGAGGAGAAACCAAUUGUUGCCUAUCUAGGGCCAGAGGGCAGUUAUACGCAUCAGGCCGCCCUCUCCACCUUCCCCCCACAGGAACCCCCUACAACAACCCUAACCCCCCUCACCACAAUCCAAGACGUCUUCACCGCCGUACAAUCCGGCACAGCCCACCGAGGCGUCGUACCCUUUGAAAACAGCUCCAACGGCUCCGUCCUCUUCACUCUGGAUCUCUUCGCCGAUCUCGAAAGGAAACACCCUGAUAUCCUCGUCUGCGACGAAGCAUACGUAGCGGUACGGCACUGUCUUUUAGGCCGUCCUUGUCCUACCUCCAACUCUUCAGCCUCAGUCGACAAGGACAAAAGUGUAGAAAAAGACUUUUCCCACAUCAAACGCAUAUACUCGCACCCGCAAGCCUGGGGCCAGUGCAAAAACUUUCUCACCACCCACUUUCGCAGCGUCGAGAAGAUAGAUGUAAGCUCUACUUCGCGCGCCGCACAGAUUGCAGCGGAAGAUGCGACGGGCACGUCUGCGGCGCUGUCGAGUCCCGUUGCAGCGGGCAUAUUCGGACUCGAGGUGCUGGCCGAGGGCGUGAAUGAUCGGUUGGGGAAUACGACUAGAUUUCUUGUUCUCAGACGACACCAGUCGUCUUCCUCCCCCUCUCCUCGUCUUCCUCUUCCUCUUCCUCUUUCUUCUCCUGCUCAUAAUUUAUCCCCUGCAGAGGGAAACAAAGAGACAAAUAACAAAGACGCAGCAUGGAAAUCCCUCGUCACAUUUACAGUCCAGCACUCGAACCCAGGCGCGCUGGCGAAUUGCCUCACGGCGUUUUCGGCCCAAGGGAUUAAUCUUACGUCGAUUAAUACGAGGCCGAGUGGGGAUAGGAAUUGGCAUUAUGUGUUUUUUGUCGAGUUGAAGGGACGGAGUAGGCGCGGGGAUGAUGAUGAUGAUAGCAAGGGAAGGGAAAUGGGGGCGGUAGAUAGGGCGUUGGAAGGGUUGGGAAAGGCGAGUAGUGGGUAUCGGUGGCUAGGGAGUUGGGAGAAUAGGCUUGGGGAGGAAGAGGAGAGUGGGUGA